GACUGGUUAAACAUAUUGUCCUCAUCAGAAUUAAUUCAAUCAGUAUUUUACUUUAGUUCACUUUGUCUUAAUUGACUUCCGUUACCUUUCACCUGAGGUUUCUGUGGAGAAGAAGAAUUUAAAAAAAAUAAACAAGAAAUAAUUUCAAGUAGCGCAAAGAACCAGUCGAGGAUCUGGUGGAUCAUUUGCAUUGUGGAGUUCUAAGAAUGUCCAGAAUCCACUUUUCUCUUUGACGUACUUCAGAGAGGUCCAGCUCUGAAAGGAAGCCGACAUUAACACGACCCUAAAAUAAAGACCCCCCCGCGUGUCGCAGUAAUAAUACUGUAAAAAACACGUUUAUUCAUUCAUGUCCUUUGUGCUCAUGGUCGUGGGUUCUUGGCGUCUCUCGGAGGUUGUUUUGGUUCCAGCUCAUUGUCGUCUUUCUUCUGUCGGAUCACGUUUUCCUGUGAACACAGAGGCCGGUAACCCGAGCCGCCGCUGCUGAGAGCCGGCCGGCCGGCGGCGUCUCGUCUUCUCUGUCAGAACGAGCGGUAAUCCCAGGUGAUGACAGACACACGCCUCAAAGCUGACGUCUCAUUGGCCGGAUCUGUUGUCUGUCAAAGCCUGUCGUGAAGUGGUGGAAGAAGACGGGAUGUUUCUGCUCUUACCUGAGCAGGUGAAGUGGAAAAAACUACUUCUACCGUCUGAAUGUCAGCCUGACUCACUUCUGCUGGAUUCAAAUAGAACAACUCGUUGACUGGAUGUCUGAAGCCGAGUGACCCGUGAAAACCGGAGUUCUGACCACACUGGAGUCCGGUCAUGCCGUCUGUCUGUGUUACUCUGAGACGGGGGAUCCUGAGGAGGUACAGACAGGUUCCUCGCACUGAGGCUGACGGAGCGUUCAACUACAGCCGAGCCUCAAACCGGACAGGCCUCCUCAACACGGGAGUUUGUGGCUGCUGUGGGCCGCUGAGGCCGAGGUACAAACGCCUGGUGGACAACAUCUUCCCCGAGGACCCGAAAGAUGGCCUCAGUAAAUCAGACAUGGAGAAGCUCACCUUCUACGCCGUGUCGGCUCCGGAGAAGCUGGACAGGAUCGGAGCGUACCUGGCCGAGAGGCUGAGCAGAGACGUGGUGCGACAUCGCUACGGGUACGUGGUGAUCGCCAUGGAGGCUCUGGACCAGCUGCUGAUGGCCUGUCACUCUCAGAGCAUCAAACCCUUCGUGGAGAGUUUCCUGCACAUGGUGGCCAAGCUGCUGGAGUCCAGAGAACCAGACCUGCAGGUUCUGGGAACCAACUCGUUUGUGAAGUUUGCCAACAUUGAGGAGGACACGCCGUCCUACCACCGCCGCUACGACUUCUUUGUGUCCCAGUUCAGCGCCAUGUGCCACUCUACUCAUGAAGAUCCUGAAACCAGAACCAGGAUCCGUGUGGCGGGCAUCAAAGGUCUGCAGGGCGUGGUGAGGAAGACGGUGAACGAUGAGCUGCAGGCCAUCAUCUGGGAGCCUCAGCACAUGGACAAGCUCAUCCCCUCCAUGCUGUUCAACAUGCAGGACAGUGAAGACCUGGACAGGGCGGGGCACCCUGGCACUCCUUCCGUGGUGGGUCAGGAUGGCGAGGAGAACCCGGCGGCGCUGGCAGAGAGCUGCUUCAGAGAGCUGCUGGGCCGAGCGGCCUACGGCAACAUGAACAACGCCGUCCGACCCGUGUUGGUUCACCUGGACAACCACCACCUGUGGGACCCCAACGAGUUUGCAGUUUCCUGCUUCAGGAUCAUCAUGUACUCCAUCCAGGCUCAGCACUCGCACCACGUCAUCCAGCAGGUCCUGAGCCACCUGGACAACAACAACAAGAACACGCCGCGGGUCAGAGCCGGCAUCGUGCAGGUCCUCCUGGAGACGGUCGCCAUCGCCGCCAAAGGCUCAGUGGGCCCGACAGUGCUGGAGGUGUUCAACACUCUGCUCAAACACCUGAGGAUGAGCGUGGACUUCGAGCUGGGCGACAGCUCCAGGAGGAACUCCAGCACCAGCGUGUCCUCGGCGCGGGGAAAAGAGAGCGAGGAGAGGAUCGUGCAGAACGCCAUCAUCCAGACCAUCGGCUUCUUCGGUGGAAACCUGCCAGACUACCAGCGAGCUGAAGUCAUGAUGUUCAUCAUGGGCAAAGUGCCAGUGUACGGGACCCCCUGCCACACCUUGGACACGGUGAAGAUUGGGCAUCAGGGUACGAAGAGGAUUCAGACCAUGCUGCUCAGCUCUCUCAUCAUGGUAACCUCCGGCUUCAAGUCCAAGUCCAUGGCUGCCGCUCUGCCUCCUCCCUUCCUGGAUCCGCUCUUCUCCAUCUCGCUGAUGGAGGACAGCGAGCUGCGGCAGCUGGUGCUGGAGAUCCUGCACAACAUCAUCGAUCGUCAUGACAACCGGGCUAAGCUACGCGGCAUCAGAAUAAUUCCUAACGUUGCAGCGCUGAAGAUUAAAAGAGAGAAGAUUUCCAAGCAAGACGUUGCAUUCAUGAAGAAGCACGGCCAGCAGCUCUACCGUCACAUCUAUCUGGGUGUUAAAGAGGAGGAUAACGUCCAUAAAAACUUUGAGCUGCUCUUUACCACUCUGGCCGUUCUGACCAUCGAGCUGGCCAACGAGGAGGUGGUCAUCGACCUCAUUCGGCUCGCCAUCGCUCUGCAGGACAUGGUUCUGUCUAAUGAGGAGAACAUGCCCAUGUUUAUUCGCUGCGGGAUCAUGGCGUUGGUGGCAGCGUACCUCAACUUCCUGAGCCAGAUGAUCGCAAACCCCCCUUUCUGUCAGCACGUCAGCAAGGUCAUUGAGCUGAGGAACAUGGAUGCCCCGUACCUCCUCCCAGAGCACGUCUUCAGAGACAAGUGUCCACUUCCUGAAUCUUUGGAUAAAGAGGACAGGCCGCUGUACUUCCAGACGGCCGACAUGGCCGAGUGUCUGGCAGGACCGGGGUACAACGCAGAGAGGCUGUCGGUUCCUUACAUUCCUCAGGUCACAGAUGAAGACCGUCUGACCAGGAGGAAGAGUUUCGUUGACACCAUCUCCCUUCAGGUGGACAUCAUGUCCAACAGCCUCCCCGACAAGUCUCCGCUGGCUGAGGAGAUCACGUUUGAGACCCUGAAGAAGGCCAUCGAUACCACGGGUCUGGAGGAGCAGGAGAGGGAGAAGAGGCGUCAGGUGAUGGAGAAGUUCCAGAAGGCUCCGUUUGAGGAGAUCGCUGCGCACUGCGAGUCCAAGGCCAACAUGUUGCACGACCGUCUGGCACAAAUCUUCGAGCUCACAAUACGGCCUCCACCCAGCCCGUCCGGAGUGGUUUCCAUCUCAUCGGGACACACGCAGCAUCAGUCGGUCCCCGUCUACGAGAUGAAGUUUCCAGACCUGUGUGUCUACUGAUCACACACACACACACACACACCAACACACACCUCUACACACACACACCUCUACACACAUGGCUGAAUUAUACAUUUAAAAAAAAGAGAACUACUCAAUCACAUUAAAUCAGUUAGCUCAAAGGUAACGGGGAUGCUAACAGGAACACCAAAUGCAGCAAAAACAGGUCGCCUCUCUUCCAAACAAACAAAUAAAUAAACUUAAAUCACUUCCUUUAACUUCUUUAGAGCACCAGCAACACGUUUUCCAAAUCCCCUCUGAAGUUUAAGAGUGUCAACACGUGGAGGUUGUUUGUUUGAAUCCAAUAUUCGGCUCACAUGCUAACUGUUAGCCUGAAGCUAACCUGGACCGAUCUGCUGCACUUUGUUGAUCCCUCUCUUCAUCCCUGAAACUAGAAAACACACACACGAGUCUCCACGAACAAACAGACAUGACGUGCUUUCAUUUGGAGAUCUUCUCUCCUAGACGCUGAAUGUGACGUCGCUUUUCGCAGCAUGACUCUGACCCCGUCUCUCUGUACAUACGCUGUCGUCUAAAAAAAACAAAAAAACAGACGAUUAAAAGCUUCAACCUGACGCUAGUCUUAGCCGUAGAGCUCCAGCUUCUCCGCCUCUGAACAAAUAUCUGUGAAACUCAUGGAGUGCAGUCAGAAAUUUAGUAGAGAUGUACGAUGUUUUAGCCGCCAGCUAGCAUAACGGAGCUAACGUCGCGGGUGCUAACAGUCAGAAUAGUUAAUGCUUAACUGAGUCCUCACUGUUCAGUCUUCGCUGCUUUUUAGGUCAACGUGCUCCAGGAAAAGUUUUAAAAAACACAUUCAGAGUCUGCUCAGCUGAGGAGACGAGGCAGAGAGAGUUUUGAUUUCUGCUGACUCAUCGUUGGUGACGGUGUUUGUUGUUGUUUGUUUGGUUCAGAGCUCUUUUGGAGUCUUUGGGAAGCUGCAGCGUUCAGAGUGAAUCUUUAGUCUGGAAGGUUUUUAAAGAAGUGUGUCGAGGUGUGAAAAAGUUGGGAAGGAUUUCUACUUUUUGAUGGUUUUAAAGGACGUUGUUAAAAUCUGCUUUUCAUCCUCAAGUUGUUUAAUUCAGUCAAAACGGUUGUUAGAUAAAUGCUUCGACUUCAAGUUAGUUAUUAGUUCAUGUGUUCCCAAAAAAAGGAAGCGCUCCAACAUCAGGCUAAACCGAGGUUAACUGCCUAUUUCCUCAUACUCGGUGCACGCCACGGCCGUUAGCUGCCACUCUGUGAUCGUGUCUCCACAGCGGACAGAGAAACAGGAACGCUCUUUAAGAAGCGUUUUUACUCUGUGGUAUUAGCUUGUACUUGUGUCUGUAGCUGUUUGAG